AACAUAACCACCACCUCAUCAAUGACUUUACUAUAAAGCAGAUGAGGCAAGGGGCAUUCCUUGUUAAUGCAGCCCGCGGUGGCCUGGUGGACGAGAAGGCCUUGGCGCAGGCCCUUAAGGAGGGCAGGAUACGAGGGGCAGCCCUUGAUGUGCAUGAAUCGGAGCCCUUUAGCUUUGCUCAGGGUCCUUUGAAAGAUGCACCAAAUCUCAUCUGUACCCCCCACACGGCCUGGUAUAGUGAACAAGCAUCACUUGAGAUGAGAGAGGCAGCUGCCACAGAGAUCCGCCGAGCAAUCACAGGUCGCAUCCCAGAAAGCUUAAGAAACUGUGUCAACAAGGAAUUCUUUGUCACAUCAGCUCCUUGGUCAGUAAUAGACCAGCAAGCAAUUCAUCCUGAGCUCAAUGGUGCCACAUACAGGUGAGAAGAGAAACUGAAUUUGUCUUGAACUACUAGCAUUGUGCCCUUGGGGACAAAAGGAGGCAAGAAAAGCCCAAACUUGCAGUGAUUUUGGUAAUAAAGAAAAAUCAGCCUUUUAUUGGGAAUUG